CUAAAGACUAGCGGCGGUACCGGUGCGGGCGCUGGUGGGAACCGUGGGACGGACGGUUCAUCGUGCUACCUGGACGACAACUCAAACCAUGUGGUAGUGAUUUCGGACGCGGACGGAAACAACUCGGCCGAAAGCCCGAACAACAGUGUGGCGAACUUUACGCAUAAGCUUCACCAGCAUCUGCACAGUCACGGUGGCGCUCACCAAUAUCAUCACCAUCUGCAGCAACAGCACCAGCAGCAACAACAACAACAACAUUCGUCUCAACUCCUGCAUCCCUUCUAUAAUCAACAUCAUCAGCAACACCACCAUCUUGUGCAGCAUCAGCAUCAUCAUCAACAUCUUCAUCAUCAACAGGCUGGAAGUAGCAACAGUAGCAACCAUGGCUAUUCUAGUCAGCCUGCGUCACCAUAUCAUAACCACAACAGCAACAGCAGUGAACCGAAGCACCUGCAGGGGAGUCAUUCGCCUUCACCGGGCGUGACACCGGCCCCAUCCGGUACCAUGGACGCUCAAUCCCAGGCAAUGUCGAUGCAGCAGCACUACUGAGUCGCGGCACCACCGAGAGCUUAAACAAAUUCCUCUGGCAGAUGCGAUGUGCGUCCCGAAGACAAACGGAUAUUACAGUUAGUGAAGUCAAUGUUACUGCAGUGAACAGAAGUCAUUACGAUAAGCAGAGACGUGGUUAGCAGGAAAUCUUUUUAUCUAGUUGUUAAACCGAUCUAACCGGGUUCAAUUUUGACGCUAACGGUAAAGAUCCACGUCAAUUUGAAGCAUGGGAUUGUGGGGAUUGAGAAUAUGAAUUAAGAAGAGCGCAAAGUAGAUGAAGAAAAGAGGGAGAGAGAGAGUAAGAAAGCGAAACUUUGUUGAAAAUGAACGGAUAAGUCGAGAAGAUCUCUUGUGAAGCAAAUGAGCACGACCAUUCAAUAUUUACCUUCACUAUGAUUGUAUACGCCGU